CUUUUAGUCCACUGCGGCCACCGUAGGUAGACUGCAAGAUGGCGGCUUCCAUCUUCACGGGCGCCGUUAGAGCUGCCUCAGGAAUAUUCCGUCCCUUGAAUGUCUUGGCAUCUUCAACCUAUCGGAACUGCGCCAGGAAUGCCUGUCUUAAUUCUUCACUGUGCACCAUUCAUUUUAGACAUAUUCAGACAUCAGUUGUUUCCUCUGCUCCAAGACUUGUCACAUCUGUCGGACACCUGGCAUAUGGGCAUACCACAACAGUCCUUAAUAGAGUGGCUACAUUGGUUCCCAGUGUCCUGAAGCCACCAGUCAGAGCUCUAACAUACUGCAGCACACGGAAAGGCAAGAGAAAGACGGUAAAAUCGGUCGUGCAUCGUUUCCUCCGACUUCAUUCUGGCCUUUGGCUAAGGAGAAAGGCUGGCUAUAAGAAAAAAUUAUGGAAAAAGUCAACUGCAAGAAAGAAGCGCUUAAGGGAAUUUGUGUUCUGCAGCAAGACCCAGAGUAAACUCCUGGAUAAAAUGACGACAUCUUUCUGGAAGAGGCGCAACUGGUACGCUGGCGAUCCUUACCAGAUGUACCACGAUCGAACAAACCUGCGUGUAUAGUUCAGAGCUAUCAUAGUUCCCAACUAUGGAAUGUGGGUCUUUGUGUACAUGAUGCCCUUGCAAAGUGAGUAUGCGUUAAACUGUAAACUGUACCAGCUGAUCGGCAAGUUUAAAUUACCACCAUUGUGCAUUAAACAUUCCCAGAGUUGGUCAUAGAACUAAAAGUUAAAUUUAUUGUGCAUUAUUUAAAAAAACUGGUAAUGGCUUUCCUUAUUCCUGGAAUCUUGGGUGAGGAAAAACACGAAAAGACGCUCAACAGUGGGCCUUUGUAUGGAAUUGAGAUGGUUUGCAGGUCUUUGCACAUGCUAAACAGACAUCCUACAUGCCUAUUCCCAAUAUGGCACAUGCAUGCUGUGUUUAAAAAAUAAGUACCUAGGAACUCAACCUCCUCACAGUCUCCUACCUGUAACUCUCUGCCCCAGCUUUGGGGAAGGCAGGAGAUGGUGGGACUUUAUGCCUUGGUUCUACUGUGAGAGUGUGUGGUGUGUGUGUGUGUGUCUACCCACCAUCACUCUCUUUAGUCUUGGCUUUUGUUUAUGUAAAGUUUCUAUCUCUCAGACUCCCUUCAGUCUGAACCUUUGGGUUCCCUUUAACAUUACAACCCUCAACUCUUGUCAUCUCUUCUCUCUUAAUUGCCAGGGGACUCUCAGUGGGCCAUCCUGCCUUUUCCUCGUAAGUCCGAAUCAAUGCCAUCAUGCAAUGUAGAGCUUAUCUGUUUGUGGCUAGGACUCCACCCAGGCUCUCUUAGUUGUAUCAGCAGGUUCAUGUGGAGUAAAAAGAUAAGUGUGAGCUGUUUUGCUUAGAGGUACAUAGGGUAGCAGGGCACUUUCAUCUUGUGUCCUGGGUUCUUUGUAUUUAUGACAGUUAUUACUCAUUUUAUUGUAACAGGAUAGUUUUCAUAAAAGUAAAUCAUCUUCCCAAAUACCCUUCUUGGAAUACAUAGCUAUAUAAUAAACUUUUACCCAGUU